UCAGCUAUAUCAAUUUGAAGCCCUGAAAAAUUCGACAGAAAAAAAGUAAAUUUUUUUUUUUGGGGGCAAAUAGAAGUGGUAAUAAUAAAGGUGGAGGGCAAAAUGGAGAGAAAAGGCAAGGAAGAGAAGGGAGGGCCAGUGAAUACUAGUCCCUACACGCAGUACAAGGACUUGGAGGAUUACAAGCAGCAAGGAUAUGGGACCCAGGGACACCUCCCACCCCAACCUGGUCGCGGUGCUUCUGCUUCCGUUGAUGCUCCUACCGCCACCGGGGAUGCUAUACCCCCUGCUGCUCAGCUUUUUUCCACCAUUAAUGUCGUCAACCGCCACGCCGUCCCUUAGUCUAGUUGGA